AUGCCAAAUCCCCAGGUACACCAUGAACGCUUGGAUGCUACGUUCGACGGAAUAUCUCGAGACGAUGGAAAUACAGUCGUCAAUCAAUUCUUGGGUAUUAAAUACGGCACUGUGCCCGCUCGUUUUGAAAAGUCGGUUCCAGUCGACACUUACCGAGGAGCGGUAGUUGACGCGACACGAUUUGGACCUCGGUGCCCCCAAGUGGACGUGGAUGUGCGUCACUUACUUCGACUACCAGAAGACUUCAUCAUUCCGCCUGAGCCAGAGAGUGAAUUCGAUUGCCUGAAUCUCGAAAUUACCAGCCCGAGCGUACACGACAUAGUAUCGCCGCUUCCUGUCCUUAUCUGGAUACAUGGUGGCUCACAGGUUGUCACGUUCUGCUCUGCAGCGUCCAAAAUCUGCGAUCCGACUAAGCUUGUUGCCGAUUCCAUAAGGGCUGGGAAACCCAUGAUCUUCGUUGCUGUUCACUACCGGUUGAACAUUUUUGGGUUCGGAGAUGGCAACGAGAGAAACCUCGCUUUGAAAGAUCAGCGCAUUGCUAUUGGCUGGGUACGGAGGAAUAUCGCACCAUUCGGUGGUGAUCCCGAACAAAUCACACUGGCUGGAGAAAGCGCCGGUGCAGUCUACGCCCACGCGCAUCUUAUUACUGGUCCUCCUGUGAAACGAGCGGUGCUGGCCUCCGGGUCUUUAUAUUUAUCGUCCCCACUGCCCACGGAACGGGGGUCUGGAAUGAUCAAAUCCUUGAAUAGCAAAGUUCAAGAGCUGAGUGGCGGCUCGCUCAGAGAGGCGCCUGUCCCAAUUCUCAUCCAGGCGCUCAAAGACUUGAAUGUGAAUACCAUGUGGCUCCAAGAAGAGCCCGAGCUGCACGACUGGGAAACCAGACCUGAGCAAACUGAAGAGCUCAUGAUUGGCGAUGCAGAGUACGAGGCUGCCAUUUGGCGAAAUGGCGUUGAAAUGCUCACGGGGCCAGAAAUCGUCGCGGCCUUCGAGCGAAAUGCAGAAUGGGGACUACAUCUGCGCAGAGCCUACCAGGUGGUGCAGGAUAGACCCACAGCCUCCAAGCUCGGUGCUUUGGACUUCGUGAAUGAUGCACGUUUCACGCUCCCGGUUGAAAUUGUGUCCAAGAAGCUGCAAGAUGCCGGAAAGCGAGUCAACAGAUACGUCGUCGACCAACCUAACCCUUUUCAGCAGUCCAGCCGUCCUCAUCAUGCAGUCGAUCUACUUUUCCUCUUUGGCGGAGUUGCCUUCCCUUCGAAUCCAGCUGCAGAUGCCGUCAGCAAGGAGAUGCGGCAGCGCUGGGUACGCUUUGUGGCGGGAGACGAACCUUGGGCAGUCGAUAAGCGAUUUGCCUAUGGGCCCCUUGGUGAAUGCAGAGAAAUUGACGAGAGCGAAUUUGCGUUUCGAAGACGAGUUUCUCAUUGCCGAGUCCUUCAGCAGGCUGGUAGCUCAGUGUACAUGCCGAUUAUGGCUGCCCUUACAGCGGGCCGGAUUAGCUUGUUGAAUUAG